AUGGAGGACAUCUCAACUUCUAGAACAACAAUAUCAAUAAAAGAUCCAAGUUCUAGAAGUAUAAACAUUUCUGCACAAAAUUUAUUGCAAGGAAAUAUAUUACCAUCAAUUGAAACCAUUCAUACAUCUGGAAUACAACUAAAAAGUAUGCAAAGUACACUUGAUUCAACACCCCAAAAUAUGAUAACUCAAAGUAUUACAAAUAUUGGUAAUGCAGCUUCUUCUGGAAGAACAGAUAUGUUAAUACAAGCAAAUACAUUGAAUUCAACAAUUCCUAAUGAUAUAAAUCCUCAAAUUACUAAUCAAGUAUAUGGAGAAGCUAAUUCAAUUUCUCAUUAUAAUCUUAAUUUAACUCAACUUCAACCAGAUCAAUGUUUUUUACCACUAAUGCGACCAAAUCCUACAGGACAUUCUACAAUACCAAAUGCUUUAAGUUCAUAUAAUACAUUUGGUGCUUUCACUAAUUCAAAUGGAUAUCAAACUGAUUUUAGAGCACAACCUCCUCAACAAAUUAUACAAAAUCCAAUACAAAAUUCAUUUAAUCAUAUUCAAAUACCUUCAUAUGCUUAUAAUGAUCCAAAUUUGACUGCUACAUCAUAUCAAUAUCCAAAUAAUCAUUCAAUGUACGAAAUAGAACAACAUCAACCAAGCUAUAUGCUUAAUCAAUUAGGCAGUACAUAUUAUCAUGAUGCACAAACAGGUUUCAUUAAUCAACAUGCAGUUAUUCCUUCACAAAUUGUAAACAAAGAAUGCCUUAAAUGUGGUACAACUAUUGAUUACACAACAUCUGAAGAUUGUAAACUAUGUUUAGAAUGUUUUUCAAAUGAUUCAAAUUCAAGUAAAAUUUUAAAUAUGAAUAAUAUGCAACAACAACAACAAUCAGGAACACAAGUUUCAAUAUCUGAUUCUACUGAAGGAAGUACCAAAAAAACAUUUCAAAAAAAAACUAUUACUAAUAAUCAAAAAAGACAAGAUAUGAAAUGUAAUAAUUGUGGUGGAAGUAAUACAACAUUAUGGAGAAGAAAUGCUGAAGGACAUCCUGUUUGUAACGCAUGUGGAUUAUACUAUAAACUUCAUGGUAUUCAACGUCCAUUAUCAAUGAAAAAAGAUGGUGAUACACAAAAAAGAAAAAGAAAACCUAAAAGUAAUAAUCCCGAUAAUGUUAGAAAGGGACGUCAAGAGAUUGGACAGAUACAAGGAUUACAUCAAAGUGGUAAUCAUCAACCAAGUCAUGUUAUUUAUACUAAUCAACAAUCAUUUAAUCCAUCAACACAAAAUACUGUUUCAUAUCAAAUUUCUACAAAUGGUUUAGAUAAUUCUUAUGAAAAUACUAAUUUUAAUAUUGAUCAUUUUUCUCGAAUAUCAAUACAAAAUCAGAUGGAAGGACCAUAUAUGGGAAUAGAAAAUCAAAAUCUUCAACAAAAUGAUGUGACAAUAACAAAACAAGAUUAUAUUACUGGAUUUGGAAUAAAUACAAGUAAUGUUAUUCAAGCACCAAUGGUACAACAUAAGGAUGAAAUUAAUAAUGAAAAUAAAGGAGAACAAAUUUUGGUAAAAGAUGAUCAUUUAAUAACAACUAAUGAUGCUAGUGAAAAUGAAUGUAUUGCUAGUGAAUUUUUAAGACCACGUGUACCAUCUACUGUACCAGAGAAUGUAGAACAAAUGAAUGUAGAAAAUAUAUCUGAGUCUUAUCAUAAUACUGAUAACGAAGAAAAUACUUUACCAAAUGUUGAAAGCCCGGAUAACAAAGAAGAAAAUUUACAAAAAAAUUUGGAUAAUGAUGAUAAUUUAUCUAUUUCAAUAGAAGAAAAUAAUCAUUAA